AUGCCGCCAGCCUCCAAAAUGCCACCUCCACCAGGAAAAGAGCAGGAACAGCCCUUGCAGGACCGGGGAGGACGGCAGAGGGAGAUGAAGAUGAAGGAGACAGCCCCCAUGGCCAUGCCAGCACUCCCCAAGGCCACUGGACCCGUGGUGUUGUGGCGCAGGAAGUCGUGGAGUUCCUCAGAGACAGUCUGUGCCAUGACGUCUUCCCCGAUGCCACGAGCUCUGUGGCAGUUCCGGACAAUGAUCCGAUGUGCCAUUCCGGGCAGCCGACCACUCAGCGAGUACAACCAUUACGGAUGUUACUGUGGACUUGGAGGCGCCGGGACACCUGUGGAUGAACUUGACAGGUGUUGUCAGAUCCAUGACAACUGCUAUGGAGCUGCUGCAAACGUCCCCAAGUGCUAUUCCUUUCUUCACAACCCCUAUACCAAGAUCUACGACUACUCCUGCUCUGGGACCAACAUCACCUGUGCGAGUGACAACGAUCCUUGUCAAAUGCAUGUCUGUCAGUGUGACAGAGCUGCUGCCAUCUGCUUCUCCGGGGCCCGCUAUAUCGAAGAGCACAAGAGCCUGGACAAGAAGAAAAAUUGUCAGUGA